GAAGCUAUUUUCUCGAGAAAAUGGAAGAAAAUAAAGGAAAUGAAACUGUGAUCUCAAGUAUUCUCUGCUACUUUUUCUUCUAUCGAUUAUCGUUCUAAUGCUGUAAUCCUCUGCGGUGAUAUCUUGUGUUCGACAUAUCUCUGUUGCUGCUUUUAUUUUCCUGUUAGUACUACGUACUAAGAGUUUAUGAGUAUGCCAUCAGAAUCUGAUAAGUGGGGGUGGGAGCAUGUUAGUGUGUUUGGUGGGUUUGACCGGGGAAGUGGUACCAAAAGGUGGAAAUGCAACCAUUGUAAUCUACGAUAUAAUGGGUCUUACUCCCGUGUUAGAGCUCACCUUCUUGGGUUUUCUGGUGUUGGGGUCAAAAGCUGUCCAGCUAUAGAUAGAUCAUUAAGAGAAGCAUUUCAGAUCCUAGAGGAGGAACGCCUUGCCCGGAAAAAGAAAAGGAUUUCUGGAAGUAGAAAGCAUGUUAGCCAUGUUCGGACCCCACAAUCAAGUCAUGUGUGGAAAACUAUCAGCAAAGAUGAUGUAGAUGACAUGGUAGCAAGAUUUGUGUAUGCCUCUGGAUUAGAUGUCAGCAUUGUCAACUCUCCUUACUUUAACGAAAUGGUGAAAGCAGUUGCUGCUUUUGGCUCUGGGUAUGAACCCCCCUCAAUUGAUAAGCUGUGUGACUCCAUUUUAAGUAAAGAGAAAGGAAAGAUUGAGAAAUGCAUUGCUCUAGUGAGAGAAUCUUGGCCUCACACCGGGUGUACUAUACUCUGUGUUGGUCACUUGGAUGGCCCACAUGAUUGCCCUCACAUUAACAUAUUUGUCUCAAGUCCAAGAGGACUCAUAUUCCUGAAAGCAGUAGAUGCAGAUAAUUGUGAUGAAGCAGACACUGUAUUUACUAAUGUCCUUAGUGAUGUGAUAGUCGAAGUUGGAUCAGAUAAUGUUCUGCAGAUAAUCUCACAUAUAGAUCAUGCCUGUAAAUCUUCUAAGUCCUUUAUUCUUUCGAAGUUCCCCCAUAUAUUUUGGUCUCCUUGCAUUUCACAUUCUAUCCUCAUGUUGAUGGAAGAAAUAGCUGAGCUGGAGUUCAUAAAACCUGUUCUUUUGUGUGCUAGGGGGAUCGAGCAGUAUAUCAUGAUGUAUCAACAUGCUUUUCCUUGCAUUUUAACUCCAAACCGAAAGGAAAGCUCUGAUCCAUUUUCUGCCAAGUUUGCACCUUCCUAUUGCGUUGUUAAAAGAAUUUUUCAGUUAAAACAGGUGCUGCGAGAGGUAGUUGUGAGUGAAGAGUGGAAGCAAUGGAAGCAUAGCAUUCCUGACAACAUUGUAGUUGUUGAAUCUUCCAUCUUAGGGGAUGAGUUCUGGAGCAAGGCCCAUCUGAUGUUGCAGUUAUAUGAGCCUUUUAUAAGACUGCUUUCCGUACUUGAUAUUGACAAAUCUGCAAUGGGUGAUGUUUAUGAUUGGCGUGUUCAAGCACUUGAAGCUGUGAGGAACCAGGAAUAUGAUGGCAGUGCGUUAAAUGAGUUGGAAGUCCUAAUAGAGAAUAGAUGGGAUGUUUUAUUUUCCCCUCUCCAAGCUGCUGGUUACAUGGUGAAUCCAAGAUAUUUUGGAAGGGGUCAGGCAAGGGAUAAAACUAUAAUGCGAGGCUGGAAGACCACCUUAGAAAAGUUUGAGUGUGACAGUGCAGCUAGACGAGUUCUUCGAGAGCAACUCAGCUCCUACUGGCGCCUGGAGGGAUCUUUGGGAGAGGAAGAUGCUGUGGAUUCUAGAAAUAAAAUGGAUCCAGUUGCUUGGUGGGAAAAUUUUGGUUUUGAAAUGCCCAGCUUGCAGACCUUAGCCAUUAAGGUCCUCAGUCAGGUUUCAACCGCUGGAAUCUGUCAAGAGGUUUCACCAGGUGAUUACUUCUCUUGUCAAGGAGCAUCCAACAACUUUGGAGUUGAAAGAUUGAAAGAUCUUGUUUUUGUUCGAAACAACCUUAAACUUCUGGCCCACAAAAAUGGAAGUUCAAGCUCUUCAUGUGGUCUUCGAAAUGGGACUGUAAGCUCUCCUUCUGAGGUUAAGACAUGGGAUUGUGCUCAUCUGGAUCAGACAAAGUUGAUUGUAAGCCUACAUGAUGAAUUCUGAUUAACUGGAAUAUGGUAUUUCGAUGUCACUGCAUGCUUACACUCGCUGAUUUGGCUGGCGGAAUAAUAACCUGACUGCAGCUAAAUUCCAUUGACUGUUCUAUAUUACUUGCAAAUCAAGGUGACCACAAGAGAUUGUUUUCAGGUUAGUUAUUUGUACCAUGCAAUUUAAGACAAAUAUAUUCAUGUGUAUGGUAAAAGGGGUAUUGGUCUCUAAUCGUCAAUGACUAGUGUCUGAAUAUAGUAUGAUGUAUAUUUCAAACAUAUGCAAAUUUGUUGGAAUCCAUUCUCCACUUGUCAGCCUAUUUUAUUUUUCUUGUCCAUAAAAGUUUCAUUCAGAU